UGUCUCAGGUAGCAGAGCUGGACUGCGCUCAGUUGGAGCAGCGAGCAGCAGCGUCCUGUUAAUCCAGCCUGUCCCACUCCGGCCAGCGCCGCUCGGACACUGCCUCCUGCACACAGAUCGAACAGCGACCAUUUAUCGGGAGGAAGGAGAGAGAAACCUUCCAGUUGGAGCAGGAGAGGGAUUCAAAAACACAGGCAAAAAAAAAAGUUGCUGCAAAACUCCUACUAAACUUUGCAAAAGUUUCAACUCCAUCUUCAACUAUAAGUUGCAGCACUUCAGAGUUAUUUGUGGACUCGGCUGAGAGUGAGCCCAAUUGUUCCAGCAUUGGAUGCGUUGCUGUCGAAGUGGGGGUACAUGUUGCAGCGACUGAGAUAGAUAGUGAGUGAGUGAGUGAGUGGCUCCGGGCGACUGGAGAAAGCGGAUUGAAUCGCGUUGCUGCCGCUGGAAGAGGUCGCUUAAAGCAAACAAAGCGAGAGCAGCGAGUGGAGGGGGGUAGCCGCGGCGCCUUGUGAGCUACUACCAGAGAGGCUCCACACUCCCCCUCGACAAUUCGUGUGACAGCCGAUCGUGAAAUGGCUGGACGGCGGUGCAACGGACCCCGGCUCUGACAGACCCGACUCGCUGGGUGAAGUGGACUCUCGCUUGUUCAAUAAACUAAGCGCUGCUCCUCGGAUAAAAGUGUUCGGCCAAAGGGAAGGACACACCAUCGGGCAUUUGUAUUAAAAAAAGCUCAAGGCAGAAGUUGGAUAAAAGAGACUCCAGGACGGAAAGAGUCAGAUUUGGAUUUAAAACACACACAAAAAAAAAGCCCCACACAUUAGGAAAGGCCGGAGAUUGGCCGAAUGCGUGUGAAGGGGACGUGAGCAGAGCUGUGGAAGUAUUGCAGGAGGAGCGCGGGCUGUGUGAGCUCUCUUGUGGAGUUGGGCUCGAAACGUGAAAGAGUUUCACUAACAGGUGGAGGAUGCUCACACAAACCAGCCUGGCUGCUCCCACUGCCCCAGAGUCCUGAGAACCAACUGCUUACACCGCGGUGGCAUCUCCAUCCUGACCGCUUUUGUUGCAAACAAGCAAACUGCUUUCCAAGAAAAUAAGUUCGAUUGGCCUCCAGAGCCUGGAGAUUUACCAGACAACCGCAGCUGAGGAUGCAGAGCGCCUUGGCGGUGCGAUUGCUGGCGCGGGGAGCGCUCCAUGCGGGAUUCACCCCGGACAGGAUCACCAUGACUGGGCUUCACCUCCUCUUGGCUGCCGCUCUGCUCUCCAGCUUUUCCCAGAGCUUCGUGCAGGCAAACUCCUGGUGGUCUUUGGCAAUGAACCCAAUUCAACGGCCCGAGAUGUAUAUUAUUGGCGCCCAACCUCUCUGCAGCCAACUGAACGGCCUGUCGCAGGGGCAGAGGAAGUUGUGCCAGCUGUACCAAGAUCAUAUGGUUUACAUUGGCGAGGGGGCAAAGACGGGCAUCAAGGAAUGCCAGUACCAGUUCAGGCAGAGGCGAUGGAAUUGCAGCACCGUAGAUAACACCUCCGUGUUUGGAAGGGUGAUGCAGAUAGGUAGCCGAGAGACGGCUUUCACUUAUUCUAUAUCGGCAGCAGGAGUAGUGAAUGCAAUAAGUCGUGCGUGCCGUGAAGGGGAGCUCUCAACCUGUGGGUGCAGCCGAGCUGCCAGACCCAAAGAACUUCCCCGAGAUUGGCUGUGGGGCGGCUGCGGUGACAAUGCAGAAUACGGCUACAGGUUUGCCAAAGAGUUUGUGGAUGCCAGAGAGAGGGAGAAAAAUUACCCCAAAGGCUCAGAAGAUCAUGCCAGGACGCUAAUGAACCUGCAGAACAAUGAAGCUGGCAGGAGGGCUGUGUAUAAUCUGGCAGACGUGGCAUGCAAGUGCCAUGGAGUGUCUGGCUCCUGCAGCCUGAAGACAUGUUGGCUUCAACUGGCUGAUUUCCGGAAGGUGGGCGAUCUGUUGAAGGAAAAGUAUGACAGUGCAGCUGCCAUGAAGAUCAACCGCAAAGGGAAGCUGGAACUGGUAAACAAUCGCUUCAACCCUCCCACGCCAGACGAUCUCGUCUACCUCGACCAGAGCCCUGACUAUUGUGUGAAGAAUGAGACCACAGGUUCACUGGGCACCACAGGCCGCCUAUGCAACAAGACGUCGGAGGGCAUGGAUGGCUGUGAGCUAAUGUGCUGUGGCCGGGGUUACGACCAGUUCAAGACCGUACAAGUCGAAAGAUGCCAUUGUAAAUUCCAUUGGUGUUGCUACGUCAAAUGUAAAAAGUGCACCCAGAUAGUUGAUCAGUUUGUUUGCAAAUAACUCCAAAAAAAGAACCUUCUGUUGUAACGAGCGCCCAAAAGUCUUCACUUGUCCAAGCACAAGUGCUAACAUGGUGAAUGUAUGCAUCCUUAGACUUCAGAAGAGAAACAGAAUCACUUACCAGAUAAAAUGAACAUCUUUAUAAUCACUUCUAAAAGAAUAUAUGUGUAUAUAUUUAUAUAUAUAUAAUUAACUGGAUCUAGUUACUGCACUCUGCCUUUAGCUUCUCUGGAUCUCCUUGUACAGGAGUGUAGCAAUAAUGACCAAGUCUUGUCUGCUGACUAUUUAUUGAAGAUGAGGUCACAAAAUUUUGCAUUCUGACCUAAUUUAAUUCAGUCUUGAAAGCCAUCUUUUGUCUUCUCCUCCCAUCACCAUUUUCACCAGCUACUUCAUUAAAGUACCGUAUCUGUUGUAAAUAAACAAGCAGCAGCCUAACACCAUUAGCCUGGACUGCUCACAAACAAGGAACCUUACAAGUGAACUGAAAGAGAAAGGAAAAUGAUCCUGUAAGGCGUCGGUACCAGUUUGCGUUAAUCCAUUUUAAGUUGCUUGAUCUUUUUACUUUCAAAUAGCUGUAAGUGUAUUUUGUAUUUUGCAACCUAAUAACCUGCACUGUUGUUUUGCAAAAUUUAUUAUCCAUCUUUGCAAGGUUCUUGAAUACCUUUUCCUUACAUUCUGCACAAAUGUGUAUAUAUGCUUGUACUUAAAACAUGUGCCAGAAUGAACACAGGCAUGUCCCUCCAAUUAUACUGCGACUUCAAUUUGUGCAAAGAUACAUAUUUUAAGAUUAAAUAUCGUUUGAUUGCAUAGAAUGUUAUAAAUAUUAUUUUUCUCUAAUAAUAGUUAAAAUUUAAUGAUGGAAACGCAGUUUUAAAAUAAAAUGUGGAAAUUGAAAAUGCGGAUAUUACACUUGUG